UUCCCAGGAUCAGAGCCUCAAAAACCGGGAACCGAGCAGAGCCGCAGCACCGCCCGGAGCGGAGCGCCGUGCGCCAUGUACGACCCAGAGCGCCGCUGGAGCCUGUCCUUUGCAGGCUGCGGCUUUCUGGGCUUCUACCACAUCGGGGCGACGCUGUGUCUGAGCGAGCGCGCCCCGCACCUCCUCCGCGAUGCGCGCACUUUCUUCGGCUGCUCGUCCGGUGCACUGCACGCGGUCGCCUUCUUGUGCAGCCUCCCUCUCGACCAGAUAGUGGAGAUCCUCAUGGACCUCGUGCGGAAAGCCAGGAGCCGCAACAUCAGCACCCUCCAUCCAUUCUUCAACAUUAACAAGUGCGUCAGAGAUGGGCUCCAGGAGACCCUCCCAGACAAUGUCCACCAGAUCAUUUCCGGCAGGGUUUGCAUCUCGCUCACCAGGGUGUCGGAUGGAGAGAAUGUUCUGGUGUCUGAUUUCCACUCCAAAGAUGAAGUGGUGGAUGCCCUGGUGUGCUCCUGCUUCAUCCCUCUCUUCUCUGGGCUAAUCCCUCCUUCCUUCCGAGGUGAGCGGUACGUGGAUGGAGGAGUAAGCGACAAUGUCCCUGUGCUGGAUGCCAAAACCACCAUCACCGUGUCCCCUUUCUAUGGUGAGCAUGACAUCUGCCCCAAAGUCAAGUCCACCAACUUCUUCCAGGUGUGUGUCACCAACACCAGUUUCUGCCUCUGUGCUGAGAAUCUUCAUCUUCUGACCAGAGCACUCUUCCCGCCUGACAUGAAGGGGGUGGCAGAGCUGUGCUUUCAAGGGUACCUGGAUGCCUUGCGGUUCCUGGCGGAGAACGGCAUCUGUAAUGGGCCACAGCGCAGCCUGUGCCUGUCCUCAGAGGAGAUGGCGCCGGAAGCCACCACACCCUGCUCAGAAAACAGCCGCCUUCUGGGAGACAAGCUGUGCCUGGCAGCUGUGCCCUGGGAUGAGAACAUCCGGGAGACCCUGUGCCCCAAGCUCAGCACAGCUCUGAGCGAAGCGAUUAAGGACAGGGGCGGCUACCUGAGCAAAGUCUGCAACUUCCUGCCCAUCAGAAUCCUGUCGUACCUCAUGCUGCCCUGCACUCUGCCUGUGGAGUCGGCCAUCGCAGCCGUCUACAGGUUGGUGAUGUGGCUUCCUGACAUUCCUGAUGAUAUCCAGUGGCUACAAUGGGCCACAUCCCAUGUUUGUGCCCGGAUGACGAUGUGUCUGCUUCCCUCUACCAGAUCCCGAGCACCCAAGAGCGACCAACAGACACCCAAGUGUGGGCAUCACUCACCCCUACAGAAAACCCAGUGCAAUUCUGCUGCUUUGUAAAUUACUGGUCUCCCUGCUUCCUACGAACUUGGAUAUUCUCCCUGUGGAUGGUCCAGGAAGGGGCCAAAGCUGCGGUCACCCUGCCUUCCACCUCAAGCCCAGUGUGACCUUCAGCUGGAGCAACAGUGUCUAAAGGGAGGGUGGGUGGGUGAGUGGGGCGCUAUACUCUCUGUUUCCUGCUGGGAAGGGUUCUGUUUCCUUUGGAGGCAGUUAGGAAGUUCCGGUCCAGGAGCUGAGCCUCUGUCUGUGCAGCUGCCCCUUGGACCUCAUGCCUGUGACUCCAGGUCACAGGAUCUGGGCUAAAUUGGUAGUCGAUAGAAACCAGAGACAAUGAUUUGGUGUUUAGAAAGCUACUUUUGAUCUGGGUGGAAUCUGGUGCUUGAGGGCUAACCCAGUGAGGAGGGGCCACUGUCUCGGGAGCCUGUGAAUCAGUGGGGAUGGCAAGAGCAGCAGUGUUUGAAAACUGGAAUCCAAACUGGGCACACUCCUGAGAAUGGGACAGAGCAUGGCUGUCUCUAAAAAGGGUCUGCCAGUUGAGUGGUACUAUGAGAUAACUUAUUACAUUCAACGAAAACCUUUGACUCUUACUAAAAUAAUUUAUAUAAAAAAAUAUAUGUAAACACACCAGGGGAUGCAUGGUGAACUACACGUAUGAUCAGUAAGCUGUGAAUAGAAUUAACCUUAAGGUAAAAAUCUCUUGUAUGUGGGAGCAAAGCAACACAGGUAGGAGACACAGUAGACCUCUGCCUCUUCACCCUUGACUUGAACUUGGCUUGCUUUCUCCACUGUCUCCAAAUCUUUGUACUGUACCUAUCACCACUGCUCUCCUUUUCCUUCCACUCUACCAGCCUUAACGGGGAUAAGCACCCACUUUUCUCAGGUGUAUGUAUACAGCUGUGGGCGUGAUGUGUGUUUCCUGUAACUCACACAUUAGAGCAGAACAUAAGCAAGCAAGCAAACAAACAAGAAACAAGGGCCUGCUCAUACUCCUAAGCUUUGGCAGUGAAGGUACAAGUCUCCCAUACUGGAGUCUCCUGGAGUCCUAGUGAGCUCCAGGUUCACAGAAGCACUCCGGGAGGAGUAAUCACACCCUGAUGCGGGCGAGCUCAGCAGGGUUGAUCCUGAUUGGAUAGGGGAUGACUCUGGGGGAGAGAAUGUGGGUCGAGAGGCCCAGCAUCUAGGCUCCUCAGAAGAAAGACUGUCUCCAGGGAAGAAAACAAAUCAGGAAUGGGUGUAGCUCAGUUGUUAGACUGCUUCUCUAGCGUGCAUGAAGUCCCUGUGUUCAAGCUCUGCACCAUAGAAACUGUGGGGUGACAGGCAGUGACAUAUGCCUGUAAUCCCAACACUCAAGCAGUAGAGGCAAGAGGAUCAGAAAUUCAGGGCCAUCCUUGACUACUACGGGAGGUGUCAAAUGAGACACCUCAAAAGACAAAAAGACAAAAAACAAAAAGACAAAAAAACAAACAGACAAAAAAAAAAAAAAAAAAAGAGCAGAGGCUUCUUUAAGCUGCCCUGCUUUAAGCUGUCCCUUUCUGGAACUUUCUCAUCAGCUGAGAAGAAUAUCCCUGCCCCCUAUCAGGUAAAAUUCCUGCUGGUUUAGAGCCUUCCACUCUCCGGAACACCUGGUGUGGGACAGUUACCAGCAGGGAGCACUUUUUUUUUUUUUUUUUUUUUUUUUUUUGUAACAAAGGGCUGGGUGGGUGUGACUACAGGUGAAGCUAAUGUGGAGAGCCUUGGUUGUCCUGGGCUCACUUUGUGGACCAGGCUGGCUUUGAACUCACACAGAUCUGCCCGUCUCUGCCUCCGCAAGUGCUGGGAUUACAGGCGUGUGCCACUGUCCCUGGCACAAGGAGCAGCAUCUUGACUGGAAUGCAGCAAAGCUGGUUCACCUGUUUAAAAAAACAAAUGUGAUUGCCUAUGCAAAUCACUGUUCAAAUCACAGAAGGAUUGAAUGGAUACACCAAAAAUACCCACAACUAUUAAGGGAAGAGGGCUC